AUGGCGAAUAUUGUGUUUGGUUUUUUUCUUCUUAUUAUUCAACCAAUUUGCCAAACCCAGAAGAGGAACGAAAUGAAGAACAGAGAAUUGAUCCAAAUGAAUCGACUCCCAAAGAAGAGCCGAACUUCCCCUCACUAUCCUCCACCACCACCACCACGAUCAGCGUCACCGUCAGCCCACAGUCAGUCGCUCUGUGCUGGGUCUACGGGCGAGGAGUGUCCCCCCUUACUCUCGGGGUAA